UCUUUUUCAUUGUUGAUUCUGCUCAGUGUGAGACAAACAUUAUGGCAUCUUCAGGUCUCCAUAUUUUGGGCAUCUUUCUGGCAACCAUCGGCUUCCUGGGUGAUAUCAUCAUCUGCGCCCUGCCCAUGUGGAAGGUGUCUGCUUUCAUCGGGAACAACAUCGUAACAGCGCAGACCUUUUGGGAGGGCCUGUGGAUGAACUGUGUGAUGCAGAGCACUGGACAGAUGCAGUGCAAGGUCUACGACUCCAUGCUGGCCCUUCCCUCUGAUUUGCAGGCGGCCCGGGCCCUGGUUGUGAUCUCCAUCCUGGUCGUCUUGAUGGGAAUCCUGCUUGCCGUCGCAGGGGGAAAAUGCACCAACUGCAUUGAAGAUGAGGGGGCCAAGAGCAAGGUAGCCAUCGCCGCGGGGGUGUUCUUCAUCGUCGGUGGUGUUCUGUGCCUGAUCCCCGUGUCUUGGUCCGCUAACACGGUCAUCAGUGACUUCUACAACCCCAUUUUGAGCGAUCCACAGAGGAGGGAACUCGGAGCGUCCCUGUUCAUCGGUUGGGGAUCAGCAGGACUCCUGUUGAUUGGAGGAGCUCUUCUCUGCUGCCAGUGUCCGCAGCCUAAGGAUGGCGGGUACUCUGUCAAAUAUUCUGCCCCACGCACAGCAGCCAGUGGAGGAGCCUAUGUUUGAAAUGUCAUCAUGCUUGUCUUACUCUAGGAAACUGGACUGAACUCUUUAAAAUUUAAUGUUUUAUGGUCUU